AUGCGGGCACAUACGGUGAAGGUGAUCUCCAAAGCUGACCCCAUAAAGUACAUCCUAUCAAGACCAGUACUAUCCGGAAGACUUGCUAAAUGGGCUAUGCUCAUAAGUCAACAUGAUGUUGUGUACGUACCUCAAAAGGCGAUCAAGGGACAAUCUUUGGCCGAUUUCCUAGCUGCACAUCCGAUUCCAUCACAUUGGGAGCUUCCUGAUGAUCUACCUGGAGAAGAAGUAUUCUACAUUGAUGUCUUACCUCCAUGGGAAAUGUACUUCGACGGAGCAGCUCGCCAAGAUGGUGCGGGAGCAGGGGUCAUCCUUGUAUCACCUGAGAAACAUGUCUUCACGUAUUCAUUUACGCUCACCAACUUAUGCUCGAACAAUGUUGCUGAAUAUCAAGCUCUCGUUCUGGGGCUUCAAAUGGCAAAAGAGAUGAAAAUACAGGACCUUGAUGUAUACGGUGACUCCAAGCUGGUGAUCCAUCAACUCCUCGAUGAUUAUGAUGUCAAGAAAGAUGACUUGAUUCCUUAUUAUAAGCAUGCUUCACAAUUGCUGGCAGAAUUUGAGAGCGUCCGGUUGCAACAUGUUCCAAGGAGUGCCAACAAGACAGCGGAUGCACUUGCAAAUCUCGCAGCCACAUUCGCACUGGGGGCAGAAGAAAACAUGUCGGUCCCGGUCUGUAAUCGAUGGGUGAUAAACCCUCAAGAUGAAGUUGAAAUUGAAGCUGAAGAACUCUCAGGUGCAGUUACUGUCUAUGAGAUAGACAUAGAAGAUUGGCGUCGACCCCUCAUUGAUUUCUUGGUACACGAAAAGUUGCCAAGCGAUUUGAAACACAAGAUGGAAAUUCGACGACGUGCUCCACGCUUCAUUUACUACAAAGAAACACUUUACAGGCGUUCGUUCCUUGGAACCUGGUUGAGAUGUUUGGGAGAUGAAGAAGCAGCAAAAACAAUGCAAGAAGCUCAUUCUGGAGUUUGCGGAGCUCACCAAUCUGGUCCUAAGCUUCACGACCGUGUCAAGAGGAUGGGGUACUACUGGCCAACCAUGGUUCAAGAUUGCAUGGAACUUGCGAAGAAAUGUGAAGCUUGUCAAUUCCAUGCAAACUUUAUUCAUCAACCUCCGGAACCGCUACAUCCGACAGUGACAUCUUGGCCGUUUGAAGCAUGGGGUCUCGAUGUUGUUGGUCCAAUCACACCGAAAUCAUCAGGUGGUCAUGCAUACAUCCUUGCCGCUACGGAUUACUUCUCAAAAUGGGCGGAAGCAAUACCUCUUCGUGAAGUCAAGAAAGAGAACGUGGUCGAUUUUAUUCGAAAUCACAUCAUACAUCGAUAUGGCGUGCCACGUUACAUAAUCACAGACAACGGAACACCAUUUGUCUAA